CGCAGCUGCUCCGCGGGGCGGCGGGGCCGCGGAGCCGCCAUUCUGGGCCUGUCCGCGGGGCGGGCCGGAGCGGGGAGACACGUCCGCGACCAAAGGCUAAGUCUUGAAAACAUGAUUCCUGCAACUGUUCACACUGUCCUGAGUGCUCUAUAUUUAUGCUGCCACAGAAAGAACUGGUUACACUCGGAGGAGAAAAAACACAGGAAACGUCAAGGACUGAAAUGUGCUCGCAGCUAAAGUAUCUUCAUCAUGAAUAGGUACAAAACUAUCAGACAGCUUGGUGAUGGGACCUACGGCUCUGUUCUCCUAGGGAGAAGCAUUGAAUCUGGAGAGCUAAUAGCCAUUAAAAAAAUGAAGAGAAAGUUUUAUUCCUGGGAGGAGUGCAUGAACCUUCGAGAGGUUAAGUCUUUGAAGAAAUUAAACCAUGCCAACGUGGUAAAGCUGAAAGAAGUUAUCAGGGAAAAUGAUCAUCUGUAUUUUGUGUUUGAAUACAUGAAGGAAAAUCUUUAUCAGCUAAUGAAAGAGAGAAACAAACUAUUCCCUGAGUCUACAGUUAGGAAUAUUAUGUAUCAGAUCCUGCAAGGGCUUGCAUUUAUUCAUAAGCAUGGGUUCUUUCACAGGGACUUGAAACCUGAAAACCUGCUUUGCAUGGGACCAGAACUUGUGAAAAUUGCAGAUUUUGGCUUAGCCCGAGAAAUCCGAUCUCGUCCUCCUUACACUGAUUAUGUAUCCACGAGAUGGUACAGGGCUCCUGAAGUACUUCUGAGAUCCACCUGCUAUAGUUCUCCAAUAGAUAUUUGGGCUGUUGGUUGCAUAAUGGCAGAAGUUUACACGCUGAGGCCUCUCUUCCCAGGCGCCAGUGAAAUUGAUACUAUAUUCAAAAUUUGCCAAAUCUUAGGGACACCAAAAAAGAACGACUGGCCUGAAGGCUACCAGCUUUCAGCUUCCAUGAAUUUUCGCUGGCCUCAGUGUGUACCUAACAACCUAAAAACUCUCAUACCUAAUGCUAGCAGUGAAGCGGUGCAGCUCAUGAGAGACAUGCUGCAGUGGGACCCCAAAAAGCGGCCAACAGCUAGUCAGGCACUUCGAUACUCAUACUUCCAGGUUGGGCAUGUCCUGGGCAUUCAGGAACUGGGAAAACAAAAGGAACUGCAUAAUAAAUCAUCUCUGCAUAUUAAGCCUGUCCCUCCAGCACAGCCCCCUCCAAAACCUCAUGCCCGAAUUUCAUCAAGGCCUUUUCAACAAAGCCAGUCUUCUCAGCACGUGGUAUAUGCAUGUAAAACAGACAACUCUGGGGCUGAGCACAGUGACUACUUACAGGAGGACAAAUCUAACCAGGUUCUUCUGCCUGCAAUUCACAAUAAGGUUCCUCAGCAGAAAACAUCUCCUGGGUCUGAGAAUAUAAAUGGUGAACUUAAACCAAAACCUAGGCGAAGAUGGGGACAUCUUCCUAGGACAGUUAAGAGUUCUGAAGACUGGGAUGACUUGGAAGACCUUGAUUUCAGCUCCUCUGUCAUGAGAAUGGACUUGAAAAAUAAGAGGCAGAAUGAUGAAACUCUUUGUAGAUUUGAAAGCAUUUUGGACCUGAAGCCUUUGGAUGCUGUAGGCUCUGGCAGCAGUGCACGAACUUCCCAUGCGACCUUUUUGCGGCAAGACACUCCCACAUUGCGAGUUUCUGCAGCAAAGCAACACUACUUAAACCAUUCUAGGUAUCGACCUGGAAUAAGCACCAGGAAUAACAUAGUCUCCACUUUGAACAAAGAGUCUGUUCCAUCUAAUCACUGGCCCAGUUCUGGUUUGUCUGGGAAAACUUCCGGUUUGGGAGGAAGUACUACCAGCAGGAUGAAUUCAGGGCCCAUAGGAUCAAGUGGUCUAACAAGUGCUUAUGUCCCUUCAUUUCUGAAGAAGGAAGUAGGUUCUGCUGGGCAGAGGGUUCAGUUAGCACCAGUUGUGGAUCCAUCUUCUGAUUUUGCGUCUCUGACAUCAGUCAGACCCCUACUUGGAUGGCCAUCAUUCGGUUCACCUACCAAAAGUUCGCCGAGGUUAAUGCCUUUGCCACCGGCAGCAGAGCCGAUCCAUGGGCGCGUUGACUGGUCUGCGAAGUACGGCGCUCACCGGUGACCUGGGAAAUACCCUCUGACCAGUGCCUGCUUCCCAGGAAGUGGUGGCCAACAUGAGACCAUUUCAUAGUGGUUUAUAUACCUGUACAUUUAAAGGGAGUAGAUCUUCCAUGAAUGAGACAUUUUGAAGGGUUUUUUUACUUACUUGCAUUAAUCUGAAUGCAAUCUUGUACCUUUUUGUAUGAAAAUGUUUUGUUAUAUACUUGAGUCCAGUUAUUUUCAUGCAAGUGAUACAUUUUGUAUAUAAGGCUUAGGGCAUUUGGCAUUUUUAUACAGCAAAUUUUUAUAAGGAACUUUCAAAGAAAUAAAUUUUUUUUAUUAGAUUCAACUUUUUUAUACACGUGGAUAAAAAAACCCAUGGUGCAAUAUUGCAGUGAAAGGAGAAGUACUGAGGAAGGGGCAUUCAUUAGACAUUUUCUGAAGUAUAUGUACUAAUUGAGGCUGUGUAAUUUCAAGUGAUGCCAUGUCUCAGUGCCACACUUUUGUUGUCCUAUGCUCAUAGCUUUAUGCUGACAUCAGAGGAGUGAGUGACUUAACAGUCUUAAACCCUCCUUUGCAGUCACUGAGAAACUGCUGAAAGAUAGUGGGAGGCACCUUUUUUUUUUUUAAUUUAUUUUUGCCUUUAAAAGGGUUUUUGUUGGACUGCUAUUCAAAUUUACCAAAUCUGAGGACUCUUGUUUGGUGAGGGGUAAAUUCUCUUCUGUACAUCUGUUUUCUGACACAGUGUUCCUUUUUCCUGCUCAAAAGUUGUUCUUUGGCAUUGUUCACUAUGAAAUAGAAUAUGGACCUACCUCUGUUAAAUUAAUGUAAAUGGUCUAAUGAUUUCUAAGGAGAAAAAGCAGAUUCUAUUUCUUCUUUUUCUUUUGUUGCGAUUGUUAGUUCUGAAGACAUAUUAAAGACCAUAUUAACAAUUAAUAAAUCAAUAACAUUAAUAAAACUGG